AAAAAAAGGAAGCCAAUUUCUAAACGACGCCAUCUUGAAGAUUAAGCAGUGCAUGGCGGUACUGAACAGGGAUUUUUGGAUUGUUAAGUGUUAGAAAGUGUGUGUCAUCCCUAUGGACAAUGUUCUGGAUGGACUUGGGGAGUCUAACUCUCUCUCACCUCUUUCAUCUAAUGUCCAUGACCAUGAUGAGGACUUUGCAGGUCUUGGAGAUCAUGCAGGUGGAGAAAUCGAAGACUCCAACAUAAAUUCUGAUGGAAAUGACAGUCUUGGUCAUUCUGGAGCAGAAGAUGAUGAUGAUGAUCAUGUCAACAUUGUCACCUCAUCCAUUACUGGUGAUGAUGAUGACCCCAUUGGACUUGGUGUGUCUGGGGGCCAUGAGGAUAUACACCCAGAUGUCGAGGGCUUGGAUGGUGCUGAGGCUGAAGACAUGGCUACAUUGGAUGAAAAUAGUGUAUUACAUACUGAAGCACAUUUGGUUCAAGCGAGUGAACAAGAUGGUAUUUUGAUAACGUCAGAUGCUGAUGGUAAUCUUUCUGUUCCAGUAUCAGCUGACCAAGUCAUUAGGCUGCUAAUGCAAGCAUCCGAUGGCAAUGUGGUCACAGCUAAUGCUUCAAUGGAGGCAAUCAAGUUCACAAUGUCUAAUGUGAUUAGCUCAGAAACAGGAGAAAUCACUCAAACCUCCUUAACCUUAGCAGAUGGAACAACUCUUAUUGAAAAUGUUAAGGCUGAAAUGGUCACUGAUGAGGAGGAGGCACAAGUUUUGCCAAAGUUUGAGGAGGGACAAACAAUCAAACUGGACGAUGGAUCUACUGCAGUUUUAAGGGCCACACCAAAAGAAAUCUUAGCUGGAGGUUUACAAGCUAUCCAACUGGAGGAUGGGUCAACAGCAUUUAUAACUAGGACCAAUCCAGAGACUUUGUUUGCUGCCACCUCAGAGCUAGAGGAGAGAAAUUUAAACAUGGCAAUAGCUAAUCAGACACUGAUCAUUAAACCAGUGGAGAAAGCAGUUAUGUUAGGAGACAAGGCUUACAAAUGUAUAUAUGAAGAUUGUGGGCGUCUCUACACCACACUCCACCAUUUAAAAGUCCAUGAAAGGUCACACACUGGAGAUCGUCCAUUCCAGUGUGAAUCGCCCAACUGUGGUAAAAGUUUUGCCACUGGCUAUGGUCUCAAGUCACACAAUAGGGUGCAUACAGGCGAGAAGCCAUAUCCAUGUCCACAUACAGAUAAAGGAUGUGAAAAAGCUUUUAAAACAUCUGGAGAUCUACAGAAACAUGUGCGAACACAUACUGGAGAGCGUCCAUUUAAAUGUCCUUUUGAAGGUUGUACACAGUCAUUUACCACAUCAAAUAUCCGUAAAGUUCAUAUCAGAACGCAUACAGGAGAGAGACCAUACAUUUGUGAUGCAGAGGGGUGUAACAGAGCUUUUGCUUCUGCCACAAAUUAUAAAAAUCAUAUCCGUAUACACACAGGUGAGAAGCCCUAUGUGUGUACAUUUCUAGGGUGUGGUAAGAGGUUCACAGAGUACAGUAGUUUGUACAAGCAUCAUGUUGUACACACGCACAACAAACCUUACACAUGUCACUGUGGGAAAACUUAUAGACAGAUCAGUACACUGGCCAUGCACAAAAGAACAGCUCAUGGGGAAGAUUCAGGAACUAUCCUUGUGACAUCACCUGAAAAUGAUUCGGAGGAACCUCCAUCAAAGAAACGAUUAAUCAAAACAGAAAUUGCAGAAGAAGGGGAGACAAAUCAGAAUCUCAUUGUCAGUACAGGGGAAGGAACACAGAUGAUGUUAUUAACCCCUGGUGUGAAUACGUCAGAAGCUGCUACCUUUGUAACAGCAGAUGGCAACCAAACAGUAGCCAGCCUGCUUACCCUUCAGGCCCCAGGCAGUAUUAUUUUACAGGACCUUCAACAGGCAGGACUAGCUGGUCUUACGGGUCUUUCUCUAGGUGAGAAUGGUCACCAAGUAUUUGUAGUCACCGACCCAGCACAGUUGGAACACAUUCAGCAACUGGCUGCUCAACAUUUGGAAAGUCUAAACCAAUCAUCAGAAACUCUGGCCACACUACAAACCACAGAACAGUCUCCAGGGUUGGAAGGACAAAUUGCUGAAAAUAAUGAGCUAGCUGUUGUUUCUCUUUCGCAGUAACACUGUUCUAAUGGAGGCUUGAUUGGCCAAUGAAAUGAAAGUGUUUUCCUAUAGAUUUGUUUUGUAUCAAAAUGAAUGAAGGAACUUACACCUACUAGAAUCUAGUAUUGUCCCUGCAUUACUUUCAAAGUAUGCAAUCAGUGACUAUCAGGUUUAAAAGGUUCUACUUUGAUAACAAUGAAAUGGUUUAAUUACUACUUAUUAAAUUCUAAACCAUGAUCGUACAGAAAUAUUAAGGGACCAAAAAAACAAAAGAUUUUUGUCUCUUUAAUAUGAUUUCUUGAGUAGAACCAUUUAUUUUACCCUUUUACUGAAUAGACUAUGCUGGGAAGAUUGUUGUUCAGAUGAAACAGAAUUCAAAAUGACAAUCUGUACCUGACCUCUACAUUUAUGUUACAUAUUUAUUUGAUCAAGACUUGAUGAACAAAUGACUGACAAAUUUUGUGUGUUUGUUAAUGAUGUUGCAAAGACUUUUCAGCCUGACUUGUAGUUGUACAUUGGUGAUCAGGUGGCCAUUUCAUAUUGAUGUUCAGUAAAACUGUAUGUCUUUUUGUUUUAGAUUUGUUCAUGAAGAAAAAUGCUGGUAUUGACUUGUUUCAACUAAAUCACUUAGUUGUUGGAUAGUGUUUGCUACAAAAGGAUUUUUUUUUUGACAUGUUAUUUAUUUAUUCUAAGAAUCAUGUUAUGUAAUGUAUACAUUAAGAAUGAUACUUGAUUCAAUGUACAUUGAAAUAAACAACAAGACUGAGAUACCAUCCAUAAUGAAGUUGUGUCCCUAGAAUGUCUUCAUGUGAACAGGAAGAGAACUUUCCACCCAUUAAACCAGUGCUUGUGUUGGCAAUUCAUGGGACAUUUAUCAUAUGUUGAAGAAUCUGUUUGGGUAAAGUAGAAUCUUCAUUAACUAAAAUGUAGUUUAAUUAAAAGUAUAACAAGAGUUGUGGUCCUUAAAAAGAUAUAACUCAUAGUGAUCUAAUUUUGUGGCCCAGUGUAGAAUCAAUUGGAGUCCCAUAAUCAUUUUUAUGAAGUCCGAACACAGAAAUGGCUCAUAGCCUCUAGUCUUAGCUUUGCCUAUUAAAUUGUAUAAGUCUGGAUAUGUAUAUAAACACUAGGUGGUAUUCUAAUGAUUUGUUCAAGUGUACUGACUCAUUGUUAGUCCAUUGUGCUAGUAUUAUUUCAGUCAGCACAAUGAACAAUAAUUCAAUAAAUUUUAUUUUUUACAUUUUUA